AUGGCGGCGGGCCAUAAGAUCGUGCCGGAGGAUAGGGUCCUCCUCAUCGGGGCGGCCGGGGUGGGCAAGAACUCUUUGAUAGAGCAGUUCUGCUACGGGCACGUAAGUGAAGACUACGACCCGUUCCGCGGCGAGGGCUGCCGCAAGGACAUCACCGUCGAUGGCGAGGACGGCGCGCUGGACCUCCUCGACGUCGAGUUCCGGGGAGGGGACGGCAUGCAGGGGGAGCACGACUUCGAGGGCGCCGACGCCGUCAUGAUGGUGUUCAGCGUGGCGUCGGUCGAGUCGCUGCGGUGCGCCAUGGAGGCGUACGCGUGGCUGCGGUGGCAGACGAUGAGGGCCGAGGGCCAGGUGCCCGUCGUGCUGGUGGGCAACAUGUGCGAUCUCAAGGGGCUGAGGGAGGUGUCGACCGAGACGGGGGCGCAGCUGGCGAGGGGGUUGGGGAUGGACUAUUACGAAACGUCGGCGUGGGAUGCCACGGGCGUGGAGAGGGCGUUUCUUGCGCUGGCGAGGGCGGCGAGGCAGAGGAGGAUACAGCAACGACCCGGACAAGAGCAAAAGCAGGCUGCCUCACGCCCGGGGUCCCAGGGGGAUGAGGAGGAGGAGCUUUACGGACAGCCAGCCCAGCUCAUGCACAUCCCUCCGCUCCCAAGCCAUCGACUUCGAGGCCACAGACUACUGUCCUGGGGCAGGUCGAAGCUCAACCUCGGCCGGCCCACGAGCCAGCUGUACAUGGUCCGCGACGGCGAGAGCCGCACGCAGAAGAUCCAGGAGGGCCUGCUGGAGGCGGCGCGGCGCAACGACGAGGACAUGUUCGCGUGCUACCUGCGCGCCGCGAGCCACGACGCCGACUCGGGCCCG